GUUCCGCAAAAAACAAUUAUACUUUCUGGUUCUGAUGUGCUCCACAUUUGAUUCUAUUGGCGUCGCUGUCUCAUGCUCGAUGGAGGAGACGAGAAUAAAAUAAAUUAUUGGAAUGAGUCUGUUUUUACCUGCUGGACAGCCAUUGUUGUGAACUGGGGAUGGCUAGGAGUGAUAGCCAGGGUAGUUAAAUCAAGUUAGAUUUUAGCCAGGGAUUAGCAUAAAAUACUGCACUGGCGAACCAAGCGGACAAAUCUCACGAUCAAGCUUACAUUUGGAAUGUGCAUCGCACAGAUGUGACGCCAGGAAUGAUGCAGCUGCUCUGGAAAUCGAUCUAAAGGAUGGAUGACACUUAUUCGCUCGCUUUAUUGCAAAGAGAAUUCGAGGCAGUGGGUAUAGUUUAGCUACGAACCCCAUGCUAGCAUCACUUUUGGCUAGCUAAAUUACGAAUGGUUUUGUAUGUUGAUAUUAUCGCAUUUUUCAAAUGCAAAACGUAGAGUUAGACACGUGUAUGGACAUACAGGAGAAGGUGCCGAACACACGGUGUGGUGGACUAUAUUGGAUGUUAGGUAGCUAUUGGUCUAAAGUUAACCCGUUUACAAGCUGAAUUUAAAUGUAUUUGAAGCGCAGGUGUGCCAUUCCGUUGUUGUGCUCUGUGGGACUAUCAUUGUAACGACGGCGAGGAUGGGUCGGCUGUACAAGCGAAGACGAAUCUGUUGUCUUCUUUCGACAACAACAUUCCUCCUAGCUUUGCGCAUAUAUCAACAACAGAACUGAUGGUGUAGGGGAUUUUGUGGAAGUGCCAUACGCAGCGUUAGUGACUAGGUUUAGUGAAUUGAAACUAAUUAACUUGUGUGCUAGCCAUCGCGUUUUGGUGCCCAGUUUUGUCAUGACUUAUUUGUUAGCCAUGGGUCAGAGCGCAGUAGGGAUGGUGUCCAGACCCGGGGAAGUAGUGGCUCCGGGUGCGGUGCUGUCUCCCGCAGCGUCGCAGAACUCUUCCGCCGGCCACACCUUGGACCCCAAUGACAAGGGCUGCGAGAAAGGCGCAUUCAUGGAUUCGUUCGGCAUCUUUUUGCAAGGGCUGAUUGGCGUCGUGGCCUUCAGCCUCCUAUUGUUGAAGCGCUUCAGGGAGCCCAAGCAUGAGAGGAGGCCCUGGAAGAUCUGGUUCCUGGACACCUCCAAGCAGGCCAUCGGGAUGCUUUUUAUUCACUUUGCAAACGUCUACCUCUCAGACCUCACUGGAGAGGACCCCUGCUCACUGUACCUGAUUAAUUUCCUGCUGGACGCGUCUCUGGGAAUGCUGUUGAUCUACGCAGGGGUGCGGGUUGUGAGCGCAGUGGUGGAAUGGCGACAGUGGGACUCGCUGCGUUUUGGGGAGUACGGAGAGUCGGUGUUGUGCAGGGCUUGGGCAGGCCAGUGUGCCCUCUACAUCUUCAUCAUGAUGUUUGAGAAGGUCAUCAUUGUUCUAGUCCUGCUCAUCCCACAGUGGAAGCAGCUGGCACUUCUGAACCCAAUAAAGAACCCACAGUUGGAGUUGGCCAUCGUCAUGUUCAUCGUCCCCUUCUUCGUCAAUGCCUUGAUGUUCUGGGUGGUGGAUAACUUCCUGAUGAAGAAGAGCAGGACUAAAGCCAAGCUGGAGGAGAAGGAGGGUGGAGGCGAGUCUCGCGGUGGAGGAAAGGUGCGCUAUCGACGCGCACUGUCUCAUGACGAGUCUGAGUCUGAGAUCCUGAUCUCAGCUGAUGAUGAGAUGGAGGAAUCGGAUGGAGAGGAGGAUUGGUGGCGGGUGAACGACCUCAAACCUGUCAAUAAGAAGCGCCUGCUGGAACUCCCUGUCUGAGCCCCUGCUCCUGGACCUGGUCCCUCGCACUUUGGGAACACUUCUCUUUAAAAAGUACUAGAAGAAGAACUGCCACACCUGCUGAUUAAAACUGAAGCAUGCUUUGGAGUGAUGGUGAAAUGAACUGAUUGGAGAGAUUUUUGUCAACAACCAAUAAGAGUAGGGCUAUUAAGGACAAAAGGAUUAACAAAGCCAAAUACUGGAUUGAUUGAAUGGUAGCAGGAACUAAAUGUUCCCAUCUCUUUUGGAAUGACAUUGGAAUGUCAAGGAUAAGCUCUCUUGACAUGGCAGUUUACAUUGUUUAAAAUGCUGCUUUCUGAUUACUGUUAUUUAAUUUUCUUAUCAUGUCCAACAUUUUUUUCCAAAAAUAGAAACCACUCAGCAGUUUUGUGGAUCAUAAUUCUACAUUACAAUACAGUGCCUGAAUGUUGUUAUGGUUACUUUUCUAUCUACAGUAGGCAGCCUGAGUCUGAGUGGAGUCUUUUAUGCCUGCAUGUGGAGAGAUCGUAUUUUGAUCUUUUUCAGGAAUUUUCUGUCUGAGAUUUCUACAGUUGAUGAUGUGUAAGAACCCCCCAAAUACACCAAAAGGCGAAAGUAUCUGAGAGGUGAAGGAAGCGUGUGUAGUCUGACCAAUGCUAAUGGAACCGGGUUAAUUUCAUUUUAUUCUUGUUUAUCUGACUCCAAGAUAAGUUCAACUGCUUCUCUGUUCUAACAGUUCAACAAAAGGAACUACAAAAGUCCACCAAUAGUGUGGCUCUAUAUGAUCAUUAUCUAUUUGUAUAGAUGUGGAUGUGCCUGUGGCCUGUAUAGCCUACAGUGAUACACUUAGUAUGGAUCUUGUGACAGCACUGGUGUAUAGGCAAGUGACUGCAGGGUGCAGGUAUCCUAGGUUGUCUAUGUCUGUUAGGACUCUAAACUGCUAAGUAUGCAGUGGUGUAAGUCAAGAGGAUGCAGGUUCAAAUUAAUACAAUUUAUUCAACAAUGUGCAUUGCAGAAAUAGAAUGACAAUGUGUUACAAGAAUUACAAGGUGUAAUAUGAGUGACUAUACGCAAAUGGUGCGUAUUAGCGAACCAACAAUGGUCCUGCUGAUGUUAUCUCUGUAUGUCUAACAAACCUGGUUAACCUUUGUAUCACAGCUGGAUGCUGACUCACAGGUAACUUGCAUUACCUGUGGUUUAUUCCUACAAGAUCUUUAUUCAGCAACCAGUGUACUACACCACUAAUGACAUCAAACUAUUUCCCACAACAUUACCUAUCUAAAGACACUGUAAGUGGAAAACCCAUGAUCUAUACAUUGCUAUUUCAACUCAGUUCUGGGGGCAUUCCACUGAGGUUGCAGAACAAUGAUGGGAGCAAUAGACCUGAAUUGACAAGCGCGGUCUUCCUCAAAUCUUGCUGACCCUACCAUCAACAUGGUCAACACAGUUUCCUUUUGGAGGUCUGCAGAGAGGCACACUCAUGUAAAAUGCCCUACUGAUGCAAUGGGAACCACAAUGGGAGGUAGUGCUUAGAUCUUUCUGUAAUAAGUUUGCAUUUUAUAGCUUUUGCAUUCCUCCCCUGUAAAGUUGGUGCACCGUCUUUGAGCACCAGCUUCUUAACUAGCUCUGAUGGAUUUGAUUGAGAGAGCAAUGGGAGUGGUUGAUUCAGUCCAGCAGAUGGUUUGAUUGACAGGUGUUGAGGGUAGGUGAAGUUGUCCUUCUCAGCAGUUGGAACUUUGCUGGUUGCUGUGAACCAGCUCAGCUCAUUAUUAACACAUGAAUUUAUGUAGUACUACCUAUUCUUAAGUGCUGUGAAUAUAAGAGUGUAGCCUGCUCGUGAGCACAGUAAACGGAUAGAUCAUAAUGUUUUGGCUCAUCUGUGAGUGUUCAUAAAGUUUUGGUUUAUCUGUGAGUGGUCAUAAUGUUCAUCAGUUGAACCAAAGCAUUAUGACCACUCUCAGAUGAGCCAAAACAUUAGGGAAUAGCGUUGAUUAUCUCAUAACAAUAGCGCAUGUCAAGCACUGGGGAUGUAUUAGACGGUUAGCGAACAGCUGGUUCUCGUUGUCAGUGUUGGAUGUGAGAGAAAUCGGCUGGUGUAAAGACCUGACUGACUUAGAAGGGCUAAAUCUUUAUGGCCAGACGAUUGCGUGUUGGGCAACCAAGGCUGAUCGAUGCAUGAGGGCAACAAAUGCUAUCCUGUCUGGUCCGCACCGACAGAAGGGCUACUGUGGCAGAGCUGUUUUGGUGGCACAUAGAGAACCAACACCUUAUUAGGCAGGUGGCUCAUCAGUGUACACACACACACACGUACACAAGCCUAUCCAUAUGCACACACACACACACACACACACACCCUGCCUUAAUGUAUCAGAGUUAAAAAGGAGUCCUACUGGAGACUUAGGUCUUUAUGUGUUUUGUGUUUUUUCUAUGUUCUGUUGGAUUGGCCAAAAUACAUGAGAUUCCUGAGAGCUCUGCUCCAGGGAUAUGUAAACACCAGCAGGUGCAGUCAUCCCUGGACAGGACCUGUUGUGCGUAAUCUUCCGUUCUCCCUGUGUCCUGUGUUCUUGUGUCGUCUUUGAUGGGUGGGGUGGUAUUUCAUUUUACUUCAUUUAAGUAUUGGAACUGUCCUCAUUUCUGUCCCUGUUCCCUCUGAAAUGGGAUACCUUGCCUAUGAUUGUUGUGUGUUGUCAUGAUUGUGUAGUGUUGCAACAGUCAUUUAUAUUUAUUUUCUUUCAAUUAAAUUUCUUCUGAAAAGGAA